UAGUCUCAUCUUGAUGCCCUCUGGUCUCAUUCCCUUCUUCCCUCUAUCUCGUCUCCUUUCUCCAUCCCUCACUCUCUCGGAACCCCUCAUAUACUGAUCUGCGGGGAGAUCGGAGGGAUAUCAUGCUGUCUGUACUGGCACUGACGUCCGUGGUGCUCUUGGGCAUAGCCUCUCAGAUCACAGCUAUUGUUGUGUACACAAGCUGGGAGAGACAUGCGCUGGUGGGCUCAGAUGUCAGACUCUCCUGCUCUUUCUUCUCUUGGCAAUGGACUUCUCCAGAUGUAACCUUCUCGUGGCAGUACCGUCCAGAUGGGGCGAAAGAAGGCAUCUCAAUUUUCCACUACGGAGGUGGAGCUGCCUACGUGGAUAACAAAGGCCCAUUCCGGGACCGUCUGGAAUUUGUGGGGAACCCCAGUCGCCGUGAUGGUUCUAUCCUGAUCAAGAACCUCGACUUCUCAGACAACGGAACCUUCACCUGCGAUGCCAAGAACCCACCUGACAUUGUCGGCCGCCCGUCCAGCGUUCGACUGCUGGUGUUUGAGAAGGUUCCAGUCCAGGCUGGUGUGGUAACAGGGGCCAUUAUUGGUGUAGUUUUGGGACUGCUGAUCCUCAUUGUGGCAAUUUACUAUCUGAUGCGUUUCCUGGUCGCCAGACGAGUGUUCAGCUUGAGCAUGAGUAAACAUGGCAAGAAAGGCAAAGGAAAAGAAGGAUCACAGCAAAAACAGGUUUUGGCUGUGACGGAUCCGGUCAAGCUGAAGGCGGCAGCAUCAGAGAAGAAGAAACAGGAGUCUCGCAGGGAGAAGAAAUAGGGAUUGUGGAGCAGAGAGCUAGAGCUCCUGAGCGGGGCCUCCUCCACCCAGACCCAAGCCCAGGAAGAGGCAGCGGGGAUGGGCAGGCAGGACAGGGUUCUUAUGACCAUUGAGCUAGAGCUCACUAAACAGGAGAGAGAGGGAGGGCAAACUAAAACGAGUCCCGCCGCGUUCUUUUCUAAACUCACGCGCAAAAUCACUCUCAAGUGAAAGAGACGGGUAUGAAAAGAGGGGGUGGUGGAGAUUUUUGGAGGCGAGGAGUGAAAGAUGAAUCUUUAAAAACAGGAGGACAGGAGAGGGGUGAAGUUUGUCUCAUUUUACUUCCAAUUAAAUAAAAUGUGUGGUUCAAAAAAUAAAUAAAUAAAUACUGUGUCCAAUCUAGGUGCGGCACGAUAAAUCUACAAACUACAAGCAACAAAUGCAAUCUCUAUGAAUUUUGUUGCAGCUGUUAUUGUAAUAUAUAUAUAAUAUAUAUUAUAAUUAGAUAUAAAUUGUGUUGCUUUGGUUUUGUCUUUAUGUUCAGCUUUAUGUUCAGGUUUCUAUUCUAAAUUUUUCUAUUUUAAUAUAUAUUUAAAUUAGAAAUUAUAUAAUCAGCUUAACAAUUUGAGUGAAAAUAUGAUUAAAAAAUGAAUUAAAAAAUUUAUAUGAAUUUUAGAGUCUGUUGUAUUUGAUUUAUGCUUCUUUUGCUUUAAUAACAGCAGCAUUCGAGCUGCUUGAACUACUUGAUAAUCGUGUUUUCCAGCAUGAUUUGAGAUGAUCCAAACAGCAUCUUGAGCUAAAGUGGAAGUAAGAACAUUUUACUGUAUAAAGGAAUUCACGUGUACAAUGUUUCUUUUUUUAUUAAACAACAAAUAGUACAGCAUUUUAAGUCCUUAUUUAAAGUCCUAAAUCCUAAAACCUUCUGGGAUUUCUCCAGGUUUAAAUGAGAUCAAAUCCCAUAUUUUCAGAGUGGACUUUUGAACCCCACUCUAGUUGUAUAUUGUACAUCUGUUCUGUGAAAAUGCGCUCAGUUUUUGUUUUCAGGGAGGUCAGACAAAUUACUUGUCGCCUGAAAGUUGUCGUGUUGCACCUGGUUAGGACACAGUAUUUUUUUUUUAUAAAAAAUAAAAAUAAAAAAUCACACAUUCACAACAAAACCCAGAGCUGAGGGGCUGUCCAUUACAUGCACACUGACAGUUUGUGAGAGCUGUAAUCAUGGCAGAAUGGUGAAGAUUUCCUCUUGUUAAGUGACAGAAAGCUCUGCCAUCUCUCUCUCUCUCUCUCGCUUUCUCUCUCUGCACACACAUGCAAUCUUAUACAAGAACACAAUCUGAGCUGCACACUUUUCACACUUUGUACUCUUGUUAAAAAAUGAUUUCGGAAACUUUAUAUUAACUGUCUUUUUUUCUCAUUCCCUCCCUCUCUUUCUAUUUUUCUCUGUUUUACUGCCUGUCGCUCUGUUUUUGUCUGUCUUUGGUCUUCCUAUUCUCUAAUCUCUCUUCCUUAUAGCAUUUCUGACACCUUUUUGUCUUUUUUUCUACUUUUGCAUUUAUACUUUCACCAUUCUUGUCAUCUGAUAUACUGGUGCUAUUACAUCACUUCCUGUAGGCUGGCCCCCUAAAGUAGCCUUCCUCUCCAUCCUUCUUUUACUGAGAGCUAAGAUUUUUUAGACAUGGAAUCACACACACACACACACACACACACACACACACACACACACCUCCUCACAUUUAAAAUUUCAUUACAGUCACAUAAAAUUUGUUCAUAUUUCAUCCAACACACACUAACACUCAUGGCGUCAUCUCAUGUGUCCCAUCAAGCAAUUUUAAGUGCUAUCCCAAUAGGUUUGUGACAGAAAUUCAAAUUUGACUUAGAGUUGUAACGUGUUUUUGCUCUGACUGCAGUGACUGAAAUACCCAAAAUGACGUCGAUACUGUUGGCAGAGACACUCAAACACACGCUGUGAGAGUUACUUGAUACUCUAAGUCAAAUUCUCACGUCUGUUCACAUAAGCUGUUGUCUGACAAACAGCUGGGUAUUUUAACACUCACUUGUAACUGGAGAACUAUCUGUCUCUCUUCUGUCCAGUAUUUAAACAACUGUCCAAUGAGAGCCGGCUCCUAUGGUUGCACUUUUUCCCUGACCAUCUCCACACAUGUCAUUAGUUAGGCCCAUCGCUACAUCCCGAGUUUAACUUCAUAUCUCUCUAAUCCUCCUCUAAAUGUCAUGAAUGCUCAUCCACCACCACCUCUUAUCAUUCCCUGUUUGUACUCGUAAGAAAACCCCAGUGCUCUCUCCUGCCCCCCGCUGCCCACAGGAGAAAACGUUUUCAUUCGGCCGUAUUGUCGCAAAGACAACAAUGCAAAAAAUUUAAGUUCAUUUAGCUAGCUCUCUGCUGACUACGAUAGAUGCAUGUUUUUCAUGCCUUUGCAUGUGUAUAUUUUUAGUCUGAUGAUGUGUCUGUAACCUGUCAACAUGUUUGGGGAACAAAACAACAGUGCAGCAACAUUCGUCACGUCAUCGUUAGUAAUGACAAGCUGUGCAGCAGCACCCUGGGACUGUUUGUGUGUUGGAUGCAGAAAUGUAAUAGAGUGUAAUGAUGUUUAAUAAUAUUUCUGCACUUUCAUUUGACUGACAUGGCAGAAUUCAUGUGGUUGUUUCUUCAGUGCUUCUACAGUGUUUACCAUCAGGGUGUUGGUGUGCUGAGGCUGCGGGAAGUGAUGCAAUGAGGGCAGAAAAGAUUUUGGAAGUUUUUGAGAGAGAAAUAAAUUAUGAAAUACUGAGAUUGUACUGAACUCAUAUUCAGGUGAAAAGUCAAGCCAAAGUACAAUAAACAUCUCAGUCUCACAGGAUAUUAUGUUUUUCAGUUCAAGUCUUCAUGUCUAUGCAUGUCUUCCCCAAACCAGAGAGGGGCUCUCAUUGGGAAUGCCAGAAAAAGCUAUAGAAUUGUGAGGGCUUGUGGGAAAUAUGUUUGUUAGCCUACAGACAGAUGCUUUUUAUGCAUCUCAGAGUAAAUGUCGAGCAGCCACAUGGUACCUGCCAUUAAACUGUGUUUAAAUAUUGGGCAAUUCCCAUGUUGUAUGUAUUUUGCACCUGUAUUGGUACAGGUCUAGGUAACCAUUCUUUCUUCAAAAUCCAUUAAAAAGUCUAAUUAUUUUUUACUUUUAUUUUAUCUUUAACCUAGCUAACUUUGGUUUUCUGUAAAAUGUCCUGUAAAAAGAAAAAUCUCAAGUUGAAAUAAUUUCAGAAAAAUGUCAAUAAAAAAAAUCUGAUCCCU